CGUGACUCUUUCGCGGCAAAAUUCGUCGAAGACCCUCCGUCGAAGUCACAUGCAGUUGAAACGAAUGAUAACGCGAAAAUUUCCAUUUCGACAAUGCGCUGGUAAUUUUGGCAGAGGGCUCACGAUUAAAGCAUCAGAGCACAAGGGAUUUCAACAGCCUUGGGUGUGAAAUUCAGCAGGUCUGGAAGAGCCACCGGGCAUGACUCCAUGAUGUACUCCUGAACUACACUCACAGUGAUGAGAUGGUGUAAGCUUCUGACCACUCUAUACUGGAUGGACAGCAUUUGCCAGGAAGUGGGACUGUGUCAUGGCUUCGUUGAACCUCUGGGAAACACGCUUGUGAUGAGGCUGAAGGUCUUCGUUGGCCAGUAGGUCCAGCCACAACUCACAUGCGUCGGCCAGCAUACAUGAAUUUGACUGUGCCUUGUUUAAAGCGUCCGCUCUGGGCAACAGCUGCUUCUUCAGUUUCUCAGAACUUUCGCCACUUGACUGCUUGCGUCUGUCGUCACAGAUCGAAUCUUCAAAACGCGUCACUUCAGGACACUGUUCAGCUUGUAGGGCAAUGUAGUCCCUGAAAAGACGCGUGAAGUACGUCAACAGCCUCUUGAGCAGAAAGACGCUCCGUCGCAGGUACUGAUGGUACAGCAAUAUCUUCAGUGGGGUUACCCCGAAUGUUUGGGAACAGUGUGGAAGAGAGGUCAAAAUACAGUCGGGUAGAAUGCUAUUUGUUUGGGAACAGUGUGGAAGAGAGGUCAAAAUACAGUCGGGAAUCUCCAAACACAAAGCCACCCACGCACGGGAAGAAAAAUAUAUCUGUUGCGGCAAACCUUUUCUUAUAGAGGACCGUAUUUCUUUCAUCCUUGCCCAGCGGGUGGAGAAGCAGUUCUUGAAGCCUGAGAGGAAGAAAGCCCUGCUGCAGCUACUAGGGCAGGACUUUGUGAACAAAUACCUGCCCACUGCAAGGCGCAAUCCUUGGGUCCUAGGUAUGCCUCAGAUGACCUUAGAGGAAAAGAGCAAGAUGCUGCGAGACGCCCAGGCCUAUCUCAACAGCCAGAUAUACAAGGCCACCAAUGAAGUCGGAUAUGAACACAUGACCAAUCCAAACCACCAGGGGAAUUUGGCUCCAGAGUAUUCUGUUUUCCUGCAGCACACCUAUGCAGUGUUCAAGACAGGCCUUGAUAGAGAGCUGUACAGACAAGAAAGAGAACUCACUGGAGAUAAAAGUAUUUUUGGAAGCACCUUCACGAGAGCAAAUGAGCACAAAAAGACAAUAAACAGCCAAGCACAAAAAACGGAAAAAACAAAGAGAACCUCCAAAGAGCCUCCACAACCCUUGAUGAAGAAGGAAACUUAUGAGCAAAUAUUCGGCGACAUAUUUCAAAAUGCCCUUUUUGAAAUUUUUAAGAAUCCAAUCCAUAACAUUUUUGGAAAGUCACCUAUUAGUGUAAUAGCUGAAUAUUGUGAAAGUGACGAGUUUUUUAAAGAACGUUUUAGAUUAGUAUUUAGUGACCUGACUGAUUUUCCGUGUAACAUUGUUGUCUGAUGAUAGAGAAAUGCUUUUUACAACAUUCCACAUUUUGGGGAGCGAACAAAUUGAUAAUUUAGUUGAAGAAAUGAAGAAAAAGGAGACUCCUCAUCCAGAUGAAAUUAAUAACUUCGUGCAAGUGUUUCUGAUGUGUAUGAUGCAAUGCCUUCUAGAAAAUAUGUCCAAAGUCUUAAAAACAGAAUGCAAAAGAGAUUGCACAAACAUAAGUGAGAAUGAACAAAAGGUUCUAUUUUACAUUUCUGGAUAUAUUAUCCACGCAUUGAAUAAAAAGUAUUCAAAGUCGGGAACACUAAACAAACAGAAGCUGGACCUGUUGUUAGGAUUUGUGACAGAAAAAACUAGUACGGUAACACGAAAGUAUGCCACAAUUAUUCAAAAUAAGGACAGGUGUGGGCUGAAACUACCAAAAGAAGGCUACUUGAGGAUAUUUCUCAAUUAUUUGUGACUGUGAGGGGGUUUGCUAUGGCAAAACUUCAAAGAAAUAAACUUUAUCAAAGUGACAAAUCAGGCAACAGUUUUCGUGCAGCACUUAAGGAAAAGUGUGCGAAUGCAAUAAAAUGACUUAAAAAGGAUGCCGGUCAACUCACACGUUAGUCAACUGGCAUGUUUUUGGUCGACUUGCACUAUUUAAAGUCAACUUGAUAAUGUUUUGGAAACGUAAAUUGUCAUUGUAAUUAUGAUAUUUGUUAGGAAACAGUAUUACUGAACAUUUACCAUGCUCUAAAAUAUCCAUUAUAUGCAUAUUUUGAAUGUUUAAAACCCUGAAAAUUAUAAAGCGUUGCAACGCGAAACGAUUACAUAAUCUGUUGUUGUAUAUUUUGUUUUAUAAAUAAAAAUGAGAAAAAUAAAUAAAUAAAUUCAAAAUA